ACUUUUUUGCACAUCCUUGUAAUCCCGCCCAAAUUUUGUCAGCUCCGGGCGCAUGUGCUCUAUUUACUCGCCCUCGUUUCUCAGGUUCCCAGUUGGGCGGGUCGUCUGGCCGCUCACUGGGCCGAAUUUUCCGCCAAUUCUGGUAUCCAACAGCCUGAUGUUUUGUCACCCAACAGUCGAUCGGGUGCUAAUCGGAUCUCCACUACUAUAUCCAGUCCAAAUGAGGUCUGCAGCUGUACACUCUGGCAGGCGGCAUUCCGUUUUCUUUUUCAGACUGGCCAAUCUUGUCUGGUGCGUGCGCAGGCUGCCCACUUACUGAUAAGUCUUUCAGGUCACUCGUUUUCAGAUCGUGACAGUCUGUCCGCUCUUCUUCCUCGCUUUCAGACUGUAAGCCUUGCGUCGAACUCCUCUUCGGCAAGUAGAUCUGCAAGCAGACCGUUGGUGUCUCUGCCUGGAGAUCCACAUCCUGAAAUCGUAAAUGAAGCGACUGUUGAAUCUGACGGUCUAACAGAUGCUGAUGGGCCAAUUGACUUGGUACUACAAAGUCUCAGAACCUUAACAAUGAGAGCUCGAGGCUGGCGCAACUUGACGGACGAUAGAUUUCAAGAGCUGAUUCACAUUGUGAUAACCCACUUGAUUCUUGGCCGUGUCUGGCCAGAAACCAUGAGUGAGGAUGAGGAUGCGGAAGCAAGAGAUGAUGUCCUUUUGGCUGAUAAUAACGAUGCUCGAGAAAGGAGUGAAAAUAGAGUUCGAGACGAUCGAGUAAGAGAUCUUGAGGCCAGAACUGAUGUUCUUCAACGGCAUGGGCGAGAACCUGUCAAUUCGCCAAUCACUCCUGAUUUGGCAUUCACGGUCCCUCGUGAAGAAAGGCCGGAAGGUGCUAGUCCCGCAGCCGCACAAUUGAGCCAGCCUUCCAGAGGCCAAACGUCUCGGCGGAUGCGGCGCCGGCGUGGACAACGCCGAAUUCGAAGAGCAGGACGACGACAAUACUCAUCAACGCAACCGCUGCUUGGCGUAUCGCGUAUGCCGCAUUCGACAUUGCUUCCAAUAUUCAAGGAUCCUUCCUCUGGAGUGAGUUUUCACUGUAUUUUCGGGGAUUCUUUGGUCGUAUAUUGCAACGUAUCACAUUCAUACGAGUAUUUAUGA